AUGCAGAGCGAGUUGGUGCCAGUCAGCAUGUCAGAGACAGAGCACACAGCCUCCAUUUCCUCUGGUGAAAAUGUUGGGAAGACACCUGAACAAAAGGAAGACUCCAGCAACUCGUUUUCUGGCGAUGAAAGCAGCAGCAUAGAAAAUGAAUCCCAACUAUUGUCAUUAAACUUUGGUAAAACUUUGUGUCAGCCUGAUGAAAACAGUAAUCAGAUUGAAGCACAGGAGAACUGUAUUCCAGAUCAUGGUGGAAGUGAAGAUUCUAAAACAGACCUAUGCCCAGGAAAUUCUGAACAAAUACCUAAUUUUCCUGGUGGAGAUUUUACAAAGCAAGUUUCGAAAACAAAUGAAACUGAACAGACAGUAAGUCAAAUAUUGGCAGAAUUAAGGUCCUCCACAUUUACAGAAGCAGCCAGUCAAAAGACUUACUCAGGAAGUCCCUAUGAUACAGACUGCACCAAGAAACUUAUUUCAAAGAUAAAGAAUGUUUCGACACCAGAGGAUUUGUUAGAAGAAAUAGAAUCUGAGCUCUUAUCUACGGAUUUUUCAGAACACCGAGUACCAAAUGGAAUGAAUAAGGGAGAACAUGCAUUAAUUAUGUCUGAAAAAUGUGUGCAAGAUAAGUAUUUGCAGCAGGAGCACACCAUAAAGAAGUUAAUUAAAGAAAAUAAGAAGCAUCAGGAGCUCAUUUUAGAUAUAUGUUCAGAAAAAGACAAUUUAAGAGAUGAACUAAAAAAAAGAACAGAAACAGAGAAGCAGCAUAUGAAUAUAAUUAAACAGUUAGAAUCAAAAAUAGAGGAACUUAAUAAAGAAGUGAAAGCUUCCAAAGAUAAACUAAUAGCUCAAGAUAAUGCAACUAAAAAUGCAGUUCAGCAGUUACACAAAGAGAUGGCCCAUCGGAUGGAACAGGCCAAUAAGAAAUGUGAAGAGGCUCGCCAGGAAAAAGAAGCAAUGAUAAUGAAGUAUGUAAGAGGUGAGAAAGAAUCUUUAGACCUCCGAAAGGAAAAAGAGGUACUUGAGAGAAAACUUAGAGAUGCAAAUAAAGAAACUGAGAAAAACACUAACAAAAUUAAGCUGCUUUCUCAAGAGAAAGGACGUUUGCAACAGCUGUAUGAGACAAAGGAAGGUGAAGCUACUAGACUCAUCAGAGAAAUAGAAAAACUAAAGGAAGAUAUCAACUCUCACAUCAUUAAAGUAAAAUGGGCACAAAACAAAUUAAAAGUGGAAAUGGAUUCGCACAAGGAAACCAAAGAUAAACUCAAAGAGACAACAACAAAGUUAACCCAAGCAAAGGAAGAAGCAGAUCAGAUACGAAAAAAUUGUCAGGAUAUGAUAAAAACAUACCAGGAAUCAGAAGAAAUUAAAUCCAAUGAGCUUGAUGCCAAGCUCAGAGUCACAAAAGGAGAGCUUGAAAAACAAAUGCAGGAAAAAUCUGACCAGCUAGAGAUGCAUCACGCCAAGAUCAAGGAGCUGGAGGACCUGAAGAGGACUUUUAAGGAGGGCAUGGAUGAGCUACGGACCCUGAGGACAAAGGUGAAAUGUCUAGAAGAUGAACGAUUAAGAACAGAAGAUGAAUUAUCGAAAUAUAAGGAAAUUAUUAAUCGCCAAAAAGCUGAAAUUCAGAACUUCUUGGACAAAAUGAAAAUUGCAGAUCAGAUACAGGAGCAACAUCAAAGAGGUAAACAAGAAAUUGAGAAUUUGAAGGAAGAAGUGGAAAGUCUUAAUUCUUUGAUUAAUGACCUACAAAAAGACAUCGAAGGCAGUAGGAAAAGAGAAUCUGAGCUACUGCUGUUUACAGAAAAACUUACUAGUAAGAACGCACAACUUCAGUCUGAAUGCAAUUCCUUACAGUCCCAGUGUGACAAGCUUUCCUGUAGUGAAAGUCAGUUACAAAGCCAGUGUGAGCAAAUGAAACAGGCAAACACCAGCUUGGAAAGUAGAUUGUUGAAAGAGGAAGAAUUGCGAAAAGAGGAAGUCCAGACUCUGCAAGCUGAACUCACUUGUAAACAAACAGAAGUUAAAGCGUUGAGUACCCAAGUUGAAGAAUUAAAAGAUGAUUUAGUAACUCAAAGACGUAAGCAUGCCUCUAGUGUCAAGGAUCUUACCAAACAGCUUCAGCAAGCACGAAGAAAAUUGGAUCAGGUGGAGAAUGGAGGCUAUGACAAAGAAGUCAGCAGCAUGGGAAGUCGUUCUAGUUCAUCAGGGUCCAUUAAUGCUCGAAGCAGCGCAGAAGAUCGAUCUCCGGAAAAUACCGGUUCGUCGAUAGCUGUGGAUAACUUCCCAGAAGUAGACAAGGCCAUGCUGAUUGAGAGGAUAGUAAGGCUGCAGAAAGCACAUGCCCGGAAGCAUGAAAAGAUAGAAUUUAUGGAGGAUCACAUCAAGCAAUUGGUGGAAGAAAUUAGGAAAAAAACAAAAAUCAUUCAGAGUUACAUUUUACGGGAAGAGGCAGGCACCCUUUCUUCAGAGGCAUCUGAUUUUAACAAAGUCCACCUUAGUAGACGGGGAGGCAUCAUGGCGUCUCUGUACACAUCUCAUCCCGCUGAUAGUGGACUGACGUUGGAACUCUCUCUGGAGAUCAACCGGAAAUUGCAGGCUGUUUUGGAAGAUACAUUACUAAAAAAUAUUACUUUGAAGGAAAACCUACAAACACUUGGAACAGAAAUAGAACGUCUUAUUAAACACCAGCAUGAACUAGAACAGAGGACGAAGAAAACCUAA